GAUUAACACCAACCGUCUAUUGUUAUCAGAAUGACUGCCUCACUCUGUUAUUUUGUAUUCAUCAGAUGGCACCUCUCUCUUCUCGACACUUGCAUGCUCCUUUGAUUUCUCGACCAUCCAAAGCUUCUUCCGCGGGGGCAUUGAAGGUUCUGCUUGAGCUUUUCGUCGGAACUAUCUGCAUAUUCGUCCUCGCCGUUUUAUUCUGGAAACUUGGGCGGUUUUUUCGUGCUUUCACCAAGGGAAAGGUCCUUAAACAAGGGAAUCUUCCAACGACUCGGUACGCGAAAACUUGGUACGGAUGGGUGUCAUUGAAGCAGCACGAAGCCAACAAGAACUUUUUUCGGAAUGUAUGGUGCAGAAUACGCAAACUCUCCUCAUGGAGAUCGUCAAAGGCGGAUUAUCAAUGGGUUUGGUGGGAUCCCGGACAGAAGAAUUUUGAGACAUACAAUGAGAAACGAACUGCUUUACGAUGCUUGCCGAAGCGGGCUAGGAGCUACGCAUCGCUUCCAAUCCCUGAGCAUAUCCGAUCUGUUGUUUGGUCAAGACAAAGCAUCAGGCACGCGAGUAUAUGUAUGGAGGAAACUCGCGGCAGCAGUUUAUCUGCACGAACUGUAAUCACCCAUACACUAGAAAUCACUGAUAUUUCUAGUAACCCCAUUGCUCCCGGCACUGCCCCUGUCGUACUUAUUGGACAGAGAGAGUUCAUGUCGUUAGACGAGUCCGUUUGUUUCGUCAGCGCGAAGCGUAUCGCUCUCGAUCUCGGGGACUACAUUCCAUUAAUCCCACAGAGUUUUUCGGUGCCAUGUCUUCCUCGUCCUGUGACUUUCUCAGGGCAGUCACAUAUACGAUCUAAUACAUCUUCCAGACCUAAAGUGCUAGGAGCCGAGGAGGCGUUCCCAACCUGUAUGUCAGUGCUCCAGUGCUCACGAAAGUACCAGAUCUGGUCCGCUCGGAUGGGAUUACAGACACUGCAAUGUAUCGGAUACAGCACGCAUACACUUCCAAGGCCUCCCCCCGGGAGCCCAAGGUCUACACUUCUUCGGAGAAAGCAGCCACCGAGGGCUGCAACAAAAGCGGCGGAAGUACCUAGUUAUGCUCUGCAAAUCAGAUAUCUAAGUAACUGGGAGAUACGUCUCAUAGAUGGCUUGAAUCGAAAACUGAAUUGGCUGUCGGACCAGUUAAGUCCUGGUAGACGGCCAUUUCAUUUUGCCCUACUUGCAAAUCACUGGCUGAAUAAGGAAACUUGGAUUGUCUAUGAUCCAGCCUCGCGCACUAAUAUCGACACCAGGCGCAAACUAGGCGAUCCGAGAUUCAAUGUCCCAUAUCCAGCAGCGAAUUGGGCUCCUAAACUGAAGUACUCUCGGACUUAUCACAAGCCGGCCCACACCCCAAAUAUUAAUUCUUGGAGGGAUUCUAUUAACCGGAAUAGAAGAGCGUCGGGACUCAAAGACCUAAUAAAAGGCAUCGAUCUAUAUGACAGCUCAAUCGAGGAUCCCCCGGAUGGAAAAGUCGACCCGGCCUGUUGGAUGCUGCGAAAACCACCGCAGGGAUUUCAUCUUUCUGCCCACCAGAAAGAGAGAUACUAUGAGGGCGGAGCUGGCUGGCAAGAAAAAUUAAACGACUGGCAGAAGGUUCGACGUGGCUAUCGAAUUCGAAAGGGAAUAUUUGAGGGCAAGGCCAAUAGGACGAGGGCGAAAGAGAUUGCAAACGGAAUAAAUAGGUAUUACCGAAUGGCAAGAUCGAGAGCCCAGAGGUCCGAAUCUCCUGUAUCAACAUAAACCUGGCGCUUCAGCAGGCUUACGGAUUGUUUAUGGUUUUUUUCGUGGCACUACAACAGCAAGAUAGGUUGCAGGAUAUGGAGCACUUAGACCUCGUUAUUAGGCCCAUGCUUUCAAUCUCUU